AGAUGCAGUUAGCGAUCAAAUGGUGGCUCGUAAACAUCACGGAGAAACGGAUGAGUUCCCAGCUGUUCUCAGGUCUCUCUUUGCUACUGUCAUCGUGUCAUGUGCUGUCAUGUAGGGUUCUAAAACGAACGGUGGCCAAGCGAUGAGAAUGUGUACAUUGAAAGCGACUGGCGUGGAGUCGAAUGUGAGGAUCAGGAGAAAUGAAGACAGAAUGAAACAGUGAAAACCAACGCGAAAAUAUACGUUAAGAAUGUCAUGCUACGUCUGUCGCAUCGGUCCGCAUGGGUACAUUGCUAGGGAAAAAGGUAUCAGAUUGCACAGAUGCCCAAAGAAAAACAGAAGGCAGAGGCAGAAGUGGUUGAUCUUCUGCUGCUUGCCGUCAAACCUGCCAGACGACGAAGCGAAUAAAUUGUUUCUCUGUACGAAGCAUUUUGAUAAGGACGACGUAAUUCAAUCGGGCGUCCGGACUCUUUUAAGACAAAAUGCGGCCCCAUGUUUUUUUCCUCCGAUUGGUGCACAGGUAUCAACAUUGGAAGAAUUGGAGAACGCAAAUGAUUGUUCUACACAAAAGUCACUUGUUGCAGGCGAUCCACUGGAUAAUCUACUGGAUAUUGAUAAUCCACCUGACAUCGAUCUGAUGCGGAUCUGUAAGACAGAAUCUGCAUUACAUACAAAAUCGCCACAGAGUUAGUCCAGUGUUGCUUCCAAUCUGUAAAGUUGAGCAGUGUCAGAGAAUCCUGAAAUGCAUUAUUUUUUAAAAGCAUUUAUAUGAGGUAGAAUAGCAGGAGAAUGUAUAAAGUAACAGAGAACACACGCGAAUUAUUAAGAUUGAUUACAAUCAAUCAAGAAUAAUAAACUCAAGUUUUUCUGUAUAUA